CCUUCACCCUCAGUCAUUGAAUAAUGUUUGGAUUUAGGCAGUUUAGCACCUAGCAGGAGUACUAUGGAAUAGUCAGUUGGCCAGUGGGACGGGAGCUCAACUGAACGCUUCUCACUAAACAUGUCCCGCAAGUCCCAGCAGUCCUAUGGAAUGCGAGGAUCAGCCUUCUUUCGCUCUUGCAUUACUGGCCCCACCUCCUGCCUCGUCUUUGGGGGCCUGGGUCCCUUCCCAGCUCUCCUUUUGCUUUAGUCCUCUGGAUUUUAAGAAGCUGCCUCCUCCACUUCACAUAGGGGUUCCAUUUGCGUAACCAUGCUAAUCCUAGCACCCGGGGUCUUUCCAUACCCAGUGCUACGAUGAAACUGGGUCUCUGUGUUUGCCCCCAUCUGUAUUUCUACCAGCUCAGUGACGAACAUCACUGGAAUCCCCCUUGCUUCAGAUCUAUCCAGCUGGCAAAAGGCCACCAGCACCUCAUCAGUUGCAUUUUGAAAACAAUCUUUGGGACAACAGCUUGAAUACCACAUGUAGUAUAUAUAGUUUGUUCCUACAUGACUUAGGUGAAGGGAUUGAAAUGGGAACAACUCAUCAAAUUUGCAGAUGACACCCAGUUGGGGGGAAUAGCCAACACUUUAGAAGAUAAGUCCAAGAUCCAGAAGGAUCUUGACACAUGUGAGCACUGGGCCCUUUCCAGCAAAAUGAAAUUCAGUGGUGAGAAAAAUAAGGUCUUACACUUAGACAAGAAAAGCUAAAUGCACAACUAUAGAAGAGGUUGUACCUGGCUCUAGAGCAGUAACUGUGACAGGGAUCUAGAAACAAUCACAUAUGAGCUAGCAGUGUGAUGUAAUUGCCUAAAAAGUCAUUUCAGUCCUAGUCUGCGGCACCAGAGGAAUAGUGUCAAGACCGUAUGAAGUGUUAGUACUAUGUUAUACUGUAUAGCUAAGACUACGCUUUGAAUACUGCAUCCAGUUUUGGUCACCAGAAUACAAAAAAGGUGUUCAGAUUCUAGGAAGAGUGCAGGUAAGACCAACAAAGCCAUUUAGGGGACUGGAGGGUAAAACAUACGAUGAACAAAUGUAGGAAUUGGAUAACGGAGAGGAGGAUUGGGGCGGAGGUGAAAUUCAACAAUUCUGACAUGUUCUGGAGAACUGCUAGUGGAAAUUUUGAGAAGUUUGGAGAACCGGCAAAUACCAUCUCUGGCUGGCCCCAGAGUGGGGUGGGAAUGGAGAUUUUCCAAUAUCCUUCCCCUAGAAGUGGGGUGGGAAUGGGGAUUUUGCAGUAUUCUUUCCCUACUACGCCCACCAAGCCACGCCACGCCCACCAAGCCACGCCCACAGAACAGGUAGUAAAAAAAAUUGAAUUCCACCACUGGACUAGGGUGACAUGAUAGCAGUCUUUCAGUGUUUAAAGGACUGACUCAGAAAAGAGGAAGCAUGUAGCUAAUCUUCACAAGAUAAGGACACGUUUCACUGUUUCACUUGGCUCAGCUGCAAAGGUCGGUUGCUAGGAGUCUGAAAAUGACUUGAUAGCUUGUAAUCAGUGAGAAGAUCGGUAGAGAAGGGACAAGCCUGUUUUUCGGCCGCCUGGCGCGAGAUGUCAGCAUCUGUACCCGGAAAGCCAACAGUAGGAUAGCUGCCUCUGUGGUUGAGGCUAAAGGAGUUAAAACCAUCGAGUACUGUAUUGCUAGAAAGGAUGGAAAGCAUAGAGGAACUUCCUCUUCAGGAACAGGAGAGGAGAGUGGCGUGCAGAGAGGCUCUCUCGCCUCUUCCAAGGAUCGAAGCAUCAGCUGGAAGACAAAGAAGACGCCAGUAAGAGCAUUCCAGACAACUGAGAAUAAGAAAUAACAUUAAAAAGGAAAGCAAAUCUAGCCAGAAAUAGAAAUAUUUUCCAUUUCCUUCAGAAAACCCCAGAGGCAAUCAAGAAGAACAAACUUGAAAAAGUAGAGUAUGCAGAAUCAAGGAUACAUUACAGGUAGUCCUUGACUUACAACAAUUCAUUUAGUGACCAUUUGAAGUUACAAUGACACUGACUUAUGACCAUUUUUCACACUUAUGACUAUUGCAGCAUCCCAAUGGUCAUGUGAUUUAUAUUUGAAUGCUUGGCAGGUAAUUCACAUUUAUGAUUGUUAUGACAUAGGAGGGAAGCCCUAUGAGUGCUCCCAAUGUAGUGAGCUUAGCAACUUGGUGAUACAAUAGAGAACUCACACCAGGGAGAAACCCUUUGAAUUCUCUGAUUGUGGAAAAAGAUUUGAUCAGAACUCCGGUCUGGUGAUACAGUAGAGGAUGCACAGAAAAAAGAAAUCGUAUGAGAGUCCUGAUUGCGGGAAAUAUUUCAUUAAAAAAUUCCAGCUCAUGAGUCACCAGAGGUCAUAUACAGACAAACCAUUUGAAUGCCCUUUCUGUGGAAAAAGCUUUAGUCACAGUUGCCGCCUGGUGAUACACCAGAGGAUUCACACAGGAGAGAAACCCUUUGAAUGUCCUGAUUGUGGGAAAUGUUUCAGUCAGAAUUCCCAGCUGGUGAUACACCAGAGGAUUCACACGGGAGAGAAACCCUUUGAAUGUUCUGAUUGUGGGAAAUGUUUCAUUAGAAAACCCCAGCUUAUGAAUCACCAGAGGAUUCACACAGGAGAGAAACCCUUUGAAUGUGCUCUUUGUGCGAAAACUUUCCGUCAGAAUGCCCACCUGAUGAUACACCAGAGGACUCACACGGGAGAGAAACUGUUUGAAUGUCCUGAUUGUGAUAAACAUUUCAGUCACAAUUCCAGCCUGGUAAUACACCAGAGGACUCACACAGGAGAGAAACCCUUUGAAUGUCUAGCUUGUGGGAAAUAUUUCAUUAAAAAAUCCCAGCUCAUGAUUCACCAGAGGACUCACACAGGAGAGAAACCAUUUGAAUGUGCUCUUUGUGGGAAAAGUUUCAGACUGAAUUCUCAACUGGUGAUACACCAGAGAACUCACACAGGAGAGAAACCCUUUGAAUGUGUUAUUUGUGGGAAAAGUUUCAGUGAGAAUUCCAAGCUGGUGAUACACCAGAGAACUCACACAGGAGAGAAACCAUUUGAAUGUGUUUUUUGUGGGAAAAGUUUCAGUCACAAUUCCAAUCUGGUGAAACACCGGAGGACUCAUACAGGAGAGAAAUCUUAUCAGUGUACAUAUUGUGGGGAAAGUUUCAUUAAAAGAUUGCAGCUAAUGAGUCAUCAGAGGACACACACAGACAAACCCUUUGAAUGCUGCUUUUGUGGGAAAAGUUUUAGUCACAAUUGCCGCCUGGUGAUACACCAGAGGACUCAUACAGGAGAGAAACCCUUUGAAUGUCCUGAUUGUGGGAAAUGUUUCAGUCAAAAUUCCAAGUUGGUGAUACACCAGAAGACUCACACAGGAGACAAGCCCUUCCAAUGUCCUGAUUGUGGGAAAUGUUUCAUUAGAAAACCCCAGCUUAUGAAUCACCAGAGGACUCACGCAGCAGAGAAACCGUUUGAAUGUGCUCUUUGUGGGAAAACUUUCCGUCAGAAUGCCCAUCUGAUGAUACACCAGAGGACUCACACAGGAGAGAAACCCUUUGAAUGUCCUGAUUGUGAAAAAUGUUUCAGUCACAAUUCUAGCCUGGUAAUACACCAAAGGACUCACACAGGAGAGAAACCGUUUGAAUGUCCUGUUUGUGGAAAAAGUUUCAUUAAAAAUUACUACCUCGUGAUACACCAGAGGACUCACACAGGAGAGAAACCCUUUGAAUGUCCUGAUUGUGAAAAAUGUUUCAGUCACAAUUCUAGCCUGGUAAUACACCAAAGGACUCACACAGGAGAGAAACCGUUUGAAUGUCCUGUUUGUGGAAAAAGUUUCAUUAAAAAUUACUACCUCGUGAUACACCAGAGGACUCACACAGGAGAGAAACCCUUUGAAUGUCCUGAUUGUGAAAAACGUUUCAGUCACAAUUCCAGCUUGCAAAUACACAAGAGGAUUCACACAGGAGAGAAACCAUAUUAGUGUCCUAUUUGUGGCAAAUAUUUCAGUCACAGUUCCAGUGGUGAUACAGCAGAGGAUAUACACUGGAGAGAAACCCUUUGGAUGUCCUGAUUGUGGGAAAUAUUUCCAUUUCAAUUCAAACUUUGAGAAACACCAGAGGAAUCACAUGGGGGAGACAUUUCAAAUAUCCACUCUUUGGCAGUACUUUAGGUCUAAAUACCUUUUUAUUGCAUACAAGAAAAUUCACAUGAAGCAAAAAUUGAUGAGUUUGGAGAAGGCUUGAAUAUCCACCAGAGGCACACAACAUGCAUAAAGGUUUAUUGCCCAUUUGUCGCCUGCAUCCCUCCGGCCUAGACUUGAUGGCAGGACGCUAGUAGUGAGGCAGCUUGCCAAAAUGUUGGACUUGCCAUUUACUGUGCUGUGGGGGGGGGGGAGGUAUUGCUAGACUAGGAAUGGAGACCCAAGUUCCAGUCCCUCCUCAGACAUGAAAGGGUCCUCAGUGUCAGCCCCACUUGAUAGACCAGACCAAGAAAUCAACUCUAUAGAAAGACACUAACAUUUUUUUUAAUUGAGGCUGAAUAAUAAGAAAAUCUUGCAAGUCUGAUUGUGUUGUACCUCCCCUCCCCCACCGCUUCUUCUGCUCCUGUGAAUUAGGAAGGUAUUUGUCUGAGCCUAUUUGUAACAUUAUCUCUGUGUUUACUUUUACACUCUGCCCCGGGGCCCACUGGGCAUAUAACUGGGUGGUGGGGAAAGUGCCAGAUGAGCAGCAGGAAGGCGCAGGUUGUGUUCCCCACUCAGCCAUGGAAGGUCCCCAGUGACACAUACAGCACUGAGCUGCAUUCAUAGCAAACCUCUGAGAUGCUCCCCCUGCAAUACAUCUGAACUGUUUAAAGUAAGAAAACAUUCAUAGUAAGCUGAAUUGACCUUGAGUGGCCACAGGGGGAAGAAUCAAGCAGGAAUUUCUGGACCAGUGGGUCAAAGUUUUUUUAUAUUUCCUGACUAUAUCUCAGAGGAUAUAGUUGCCAAUGUGACAAAUAUAGAUAAUUACCCAGACGGGAUGUUCAAAAAUCAUGAAACAAUUUACAUGGUGCCUGCUCAUUUCUCUUUCUGUCAGCUGUCCCAUUAUGCUAGCUGACAAAAUAAAUUCCUGACAUAUUUUUUUCCUCCAAGAGUGUAUGUUACUGAAAAGCCACGUCGGUACUGAAAUGGAAAAGCCAGUUCUAAUAUUUUGUGUGGAAAUCAUAGGAUAAAUUCUUCUUUUCCCCUCUGGAUCUCCCAUUGCCCUUUUUACAUCAAUCAGUUGCACCUGAGUUGUUUUGAGAAUUACCUGUUUGCCUCGGACAUUUCCCAGAGCUUGGGGGGUUGGAACUCUCUCCCAGAUGGCAUACUUGUAUUCCAGAUUUCCCCUCCCAAAUCACCCUCACAUUCAAUACCUUCCCUCUACCCUCCUGUUAUUGUCUGGUUGCAAGUGAGGUGAGGUCAUCAGUGGUUUUGGGGUGAGAUACCAGCUGUACGCUGAUGAUACUCAGCUGUACAUUUCCACCCCUGACCACCCCAGUGAAGCUGUCGAAGUGUUGUCUUGGUGUCUGGAGGCCGUGCGGGUCUGGAUGGGGAGAAACAGGCUGAAACUCGACCCCUUCAAGACUGAGUGGCUGUGGAUGCCGGCAUCCCGGUACAGUCAGCUGCAACCGCUGCUGACUG